UAGACCUGGGGUAGACUGUCACGUGAGGCAUGAUUCUGACACAGCAGUCCUCCAGCUUAUGUUUCUUGUAAAUGAGGGGGCCCUUGUUAGUGUAUGUGCAGAUGAUAGCUUACAUCUAUGGAAUCUUCGUCAGAAAAGACCAGCAAUCCUUCACUCACUCAAGUUCAAUAGAGAAAGGAUAACAUACUGUGAUCUCCCUUUUCAAAGUAAAUGGCUAUACAUCGGAACAGAAAGGGGGAACGUCCACGUUGUUAACAUAGAAUCGUUUGUGCUUUCCGGUUAUGUAAUCAAUUGGAACAAAGCAAUCGAAUUAUCAAGAAAAACCCAUCCAGGUCCAGUUGUACAUCUUAGUGAUAACCCAGUAGAUGGAAAUAAGUUACUAAUAGGUUUUGAGACGGGUGCCGUGGUAUUAUGGGACCUGAAGACGAGAGUGGCUGAAUACCGGUAUAACUGCAGCCAGCCCGUCCGCAGCAUCGCCUGGCACUACGAGGGCAAGCAGUUUGUGUGCAGCCACAUGGAUGGCACGCUCACGAUAUGGAACGUCAAAAACUGCAACAAGCCUGCCAAUAUCAUCUCUCCUCACGCCAAAGUACCUGCCAAAGGAUUAAAACCAGAGCCGUGUGCCCCCGUGCCCAAGGUCGAAUGGGCAUCUGUCAAAAGCGGGGACCCCUACAUUCUCUUUUCGGGUGGACUGACGUACGAGAAAGCCACCCAAACACCCAGCAUCACUAUUAUGCAAGGCAAGACCACCACCGUACUAGAAAUGGAACAUUCCGUCGUCGACUUUCUCACUCUUUGUGAGAAUCCAUGGCCGAGUAAUCCACAAGAACCUUAUGCUGUGGUAGUCCUGCUCGAGAGUGAUCUAGUGGUCGUUGACCUUUUAUCACCAGGGUACCCUUGCUUUGAGAACCCAUAUCCAAUGGAUCUUCACGAAUCUCCUAUAACAUGUGUACAGUACUAUGCAGAUUGCCCAUCGGAUCUUAUACCCGCUCUCUACUCAACUGGAGCGAAUGGCCUCAACAGGAAGAAAACAGCCUACAGUAAGAGGAAUUGGCCAGUGAAAGGAGGAGAGUGGGGGUCUGGUGGCAGCAGUGAUCAAGAAAUCAUCAUUACAGGGCAUGCAGAUGGCUCAAUCAAAUUUUGGGACGCAUCACAGGUCAUGCUUCAAGUUCUCUACAAACUCAAGACUGCCAAGGUGUUUGAGAAAGCCAAGCAAGCCAAGACGCUGGAUGGCGACGAUGACCCCUUCGCUAUCCAGCUGGUCAAGCUCUGCUCGGAGAGUAGGAUGCUCUGUGUGGCCGGAGCCAGCGGUCAUCUACUCCUCUACCGCUUCAGCAAGAUGGAGGCUUCAACUGAGCUACCGACACUAGAGAUCUCGAUAGUAUACGAGGCUGAGGAGCCCGAAACGCCCGAGACUGAGAUGCCCCCUAUGCCCAUCCAACCGGCACCCCUCAAGCGCAACACCAGCACGGUGAGUGCCAGCAGCGUGGCCUCGGCGACCCUCCCCUCCACGCCCAUCCAGCAGACGUCGACCACGCCCGCGCCCAGCCCCAUCAACCACCCCCAUCAUCACCACCAGCAUCAGCAACAGCACCAGCACCACUCCCAUCAGACGGGCGGGGAGGGGCUGAGGGACAACGUGCCCAACCUGAGGGUGAAGGGCGGGGCCCACAAGAGGGGGAUGGGCUUCCAGCCCUCGCUAUGUGUGCAGCUGCUCUGGGUGGACGGGGAACCCCCUCCGACCAUCACUUGCGUGGAGAUCAGUUCGGCCUAUGGCUUACUGGCUUUUGGGACCACCAACGGGCUGGCAAUUGUCGACUACCUUCAACGGACCUGCCUACUCAACAUGGGCACGCCCGAUCUGUAUGGCUCAGCAGACCCUUACCAGCGCACCCCAAGAUCUCCGAAGAAGAACAAAUCGCAGCCGCAGGGCCUCGGCGACAUCGUGGAACAGUACAUGUCGGACCAGGAGAGGUGUAGGUCACCGGUUGGCUCAAGCAUGGCGGGAGAGUCGAACGGAGUAUGCAUCAGCCCGACCGGCAACAGUGCGAUGCGGGGCGGCGGCGGCGGAGGCAGCGGCGGAGUCAAGCCCCGCAACAACCACGACCCGUCUCAGCUCCGGCGCAGUAAGUCCCAAGGCUGUCGCAAGAUGAUGGCCAAGACGCAGUCCACCGUCUCGGACACCGGAGGACCCAAUGGGGAUGGAGGAGGAGGAGGAGGAGGAGGAUCCAUGGGAGGAGGUAGCUCCGAUAGUACCAUGAGCUGCAUGGGUGGCUUCCUGAAUCGUAGUGAGGGCUCAUUCACACGCUCACGGAGCUCCAGCAUGUCGAGCCUGGAGAAGGAGACUAGGGAAGGAGUCCAGAAUCUUAUAUUUUCAGAGUCCUACACAAGAAAAGAAGAAUCUGUGACUUGUCCAUGUCUAUGGGUAGGAACUACUCUAGGUUCAGUGCUUGGUAUUGUUGUAAAUCUUCCACCUCCUGGUGAACAAAGGCUAUCCCAACCGGUCAUCGUCACACCAAGUGGUACUGUAUUCAGGCUGAAAGGCUGUGUAUUACACAUAGCCUUCCUAGACUGUAACGGUCUUCAGGUCCCACCAGCAUGCGAUGUGUGGAGGGACCCCAACAAAGAAACCAGGGAAGGAAGAGAUAAAAAGCCGUUACUACAAAGAAGUCGAAUGUCUCCCUCAUCAUCCACGGAGAUAGCUGAUCGUCAGUUCGUUGUCAUCUGCUCAGAGAAAGAGGCUAAGGUAAUAUCACUACCUUCCCAGACUUGUGUGUACAGAACGAAAAUAUCAGAAUCAUCUUAUGUUGUACGCAGUGAUGUCAUCAGUAUGCAAAACAGCGUAUGCCUGGCGUGCUAUGUAGCCAAUGGUCAUAUUAUGACUUACAGUCUACCUAGCUUCAGGCUUCUACUAGACAAAGAAUACCUUCCACUUACAGAUCUCAGGAUCGGCAGAACAUUCCAAUUUAGCUCACACGGUAAAGGCUUGUAUCAAUGCUCACCCACAGAGGUACAAAGGUUUACAAUAUGCAGUGAAGCGAGUGAGAACCUUCAUGAUAUGCUAGGUGAUCUGUUCUUACCUGUUAACACACCAGAAGCACCUAGUAAAGGUUUCUUCAAGGGACUCUUUGGAGGUGGUGGAGGAGCGCUAGACAGGGAAGAACUUUUCGGUGAGACUGCGGGUAAACCAUCGAAGAGCGUUGCAAGACACAUUCCAGGGACAGGGGGACUCGAAGGGGUGAAGGCCCAGGCAGGAGGGGCCAUGGGAGAGGUUGCAAAGGCCAGAAUUGCAUUGUACGAGAGAGGUCAAAAGUUGAGCGAACUCGAAGAGAGGACAGCCCAGAUGAUGGCGAAUGCAGAGAACUUCCAACAGGCGGCUAACCAAAUCAUGCAAAAGUACAAAGACAAGAAGUGGUAUCAAUUUUAACACACUGCAGCUUGCACACCUGGGGUAGGAUUUCAUUUACCACUUUUAUUAUCCCCGUCAUCGAGGAUCUUCGUUGCGGUGGUGGGCGCGAGGUUGACAUACGUGUAGCGUCCGCCCAGCGACGGGAGCGGUGCGGGCAUUUUUCUUUGCGCGGUCGGACCGAGGAUUUGAGCGACAGAGCAUUUCACUUACCACUUCACGUCGGCGUCACGGUUUUCGUUUUCAAUGCAACUGCUUUUUGAAAAAACUGAGAGGAACAGAGCUUUCGUAAAGAUGGUUGUAUUUAUCCGUUCUCUCUCGUAAAAAAAACGAAGGAUGGAUCACGCAAGACGGUGAUUGUCAAACUUCGGACGAUGAUUAGUAUUGUGAGUUGGAGGAGGUCAGGAGCAAAGACUUUCCAAUAAACACAAGAUCACACACGCUUGCUUGCUCAGACAACCUGUUUUGUUGCGGGGGUGACUAAAAGAAUGGAUGACGCGGUGGCGGAGGUAGGUGUGUUGCCAUGGUAACGUGAUGGAUGGUGGUUAGCAAUGUACCGAUGCAUGACUUGAUUAGCUGUCGAGAGAAGGAGCCAGAGCAUACACGCCGUCAGAUGGGAUUUACAGAGAGGGGGAGUGAUCUAAAGCUGGAACAGCCGGCAUCCUCACCCUCUCCCAGUGCACGCUCUUACAAUUUAGCGAUUACAUUCACACACGUCGGGUUCAGGCAAUACGUGACAUAGAUUUUGAGACGUAUUCCUCGCGGGACGACGACGACAACGCGGGGCAGUCUCGACGGAAAUCCGGUGAAUUCAAAGCUAGUCUGACAGAUGCAGUAGCUAUUCAGGAGAAGUAGGGUGUAUUAAUUAAAUCAUAGAUAAUGUUUGUGAUUGUUUCUAAGCAAAUUUUACGAAUGAAUACUUGGGUCCUGAUUUUCUUCCAAAGUAUAUAAUUGUAUACAUGAUUCUGAAUGGAUGGUAGACUAGAGUUAUUGGUGUAACCCUAGAUAUUCCCCUAGUGUGGUUCUCUUCCCUUUAGUCAUAUACAAUAUCAUAUAUAUGUAAUUUAUAUACCAAAUUAUCACUCAAAACAAUGCAAAACAAAAACAAUUUUGAGAGUGAAAUUUCCUCUCUCUUCUCUCUCUCUCUCUCUCUCUCAUUCUCUCUCUCCCUCUCUCUGCUAUCUAAUCUCUCCCUUUUUUUCUUAAGAAGUCGUAGGUCGUUGUAACUUCCAUUUUUAGCUCUGUUAUCUUCACAACUCGUGGAUGAAAUGGUUUUCGCUGCUAUUAUGUACAUUCCAUUAUGGUUCGGAAGAAUAGGAAUUUCCGUGCGGUUGAACAAAGUUGCUUGUUUCAUCCAAUCCUUUUCUUCUCUUUGGAAAGUUGAUUUCGCUCCAGCAUUUUCAGUUCAUACUGACACCAAGCGGUAGUUUUGCUAUGGAAGAUUGAUGAUUUCAUAUUUUCAUUUAGAACUGGAUUUACAUGUUCAUUCUAGUUUCUAUACUUAAAAGUGUUCUAGGUAAUUCAACGGCAAUGCUUUGCAUCGUCUUCGCGUUGUGUUUGCAGUGACGAUACUUUUAUCACAUGCAACGUGCUCUUGCAAAAAAAAAUAAUAAUAAUACAUGUCAAACUUUUGUUGUCCUUGAUGUUUGUUUAUAUUUCAAUAAUAUACUGUACAUAAGAAUUGUCUCAAUAUAUGUAGUUUAUAGAAGUAUUUCAUAUACGAACAUGAGACUUGAGAGAAAGAGAGGCAUUAUCUUGUAUGAUUGUGCUAAAAAAAUGACAUUCACAGCACUUAUGGCUAUGAUGUGCAACUUGUAUAGACAACAUUGUGAAAUAUAUACAUCGUAUGUUCACAUUAUUUUUCAUUUCAUUGUGCUUGAGGUCACAUAACGCACUGUCUUUAUCCAUGUUUUUUGCCGGAUGAAGUAUGAUAUUUUUUAGCAUUUGGUCUAUUUUUCCCCUUUUCUCAAGAUUUGUUUUUCCCCCUUGAUUACAGUAUAUCUGUACUUGGCAAAUAAAACGAAUUAUCCUUCAUACCAAUACACCGUUUGCAGAAAUGCAAACAUGUUCAUAAUCAUAUACUAUUCCUGUAAAUAGCGCUUUGUAUAUAUUAAAAAAAAAUUGAGUUGGAAAAAAAUAUGCUAGUUAUACUAGAAUAUGAUAACAUUUAUGCCAUGUAUUAUGUAAAAAAAAAUAAUCUAGUUUUAUUUAAUUUGUGCAGUUGCAAUUUUAUGUAUUCAAACAGGCAAUCUGGCUUGUGGCUUUGAAAUUGAUUUAUAUAUCUUCUUGGAAUUAAUCAGCGAGUCUGAAUUGGAAAUUGCCAGUGUUGUGGGAUUGUGUUUUUUUGUGUUGGAGAGAGGAGAAGUCAUUGGUCGACCUGGAAUUUGGGGAAUGGGUAAACGAUUUAAAAUCACUUUUUUAUUUAUUCAAACCGAAGUUACCAGGGCUUUAUUCAAGCUGGUGAUAUAAUGUUCAGUUUUAGCAUGGCUUUUCUCAGGUUUCUGCCCUACUACGUGCCAUAAAAAUACUCAUGUCCUACUCAAGUCAUACUAAUAAUGAUAACAUUUAAUUGACAUCUCCUUUAUUUACUAAUUAUUUAUAUACAGUGUAUAUACCCAGUUAAUCAGAGGCAUCAUCAAUUCAGAAAGCUCUCCCUAUUUUUUCUUUUCUUAUUUUUUUUUCAACUUUACCCUGGUGGUAUAUUAUUUCUGAGAGCAUUUUUUGAAAGGAGAGAAUCGUUAACUGCUUAAUUUGUAUUCGAAAAUUUACAUGCUACCAAUAUUUAUCGCGAACUGCUGUGCAAUCUAUUUUUGUUUUCAGUAAACUGUUUAGGAAGUCAGUUACAAAAGUAUUUUCAUUAUUUAUUCAUGUUCAAAGAUUUCCUCCAUAUUCAAAGUAAUAAGGAGCUAAUGAAGGAACGUGUAUUUCCAUGAAUUUACAAUUUUGUUUCUAAUUCAAUCCCUAAUGUGAAGUAUACAUAUAGUUUGCUUUUAAAAAGUUUGAAAAAUAGGGAUGACUUGAAUUUAUAAAGUCAUUCUAUAAAUUUCCAAGGUGUGAGGAGUUUUGUGAUUUGGUAAUAGUUACCGAAAUCCACAGUAGUGAACAAUUUUAUAAGGAUUUGAAAGGGGGAUAAAUAUUGGUAUUCAAAUAUCAAUUUUAAAAGGAUUUAAUUCUCAUAAUCUCUUUGCAUUUAGUGUACAGAUGGUUUCAUUCUGCUUUGUGACCCAUUUUCUUGCCUUCGAGUUAAUAUGUGUAUUUCCUUAUAUGGUCUUGUUAGAACUUAAAUGUAAUAGGGUACAUGUAAAUCUGAAAAAUAUGUAACUUCUGACUUUUAUUACAAUGAAAAUACUAAGCCCAUUCCGGUAUUCAAAUAUUUUGUUAGAAAUUUGAGAUACUAAUAUCAAACAGAAUAAAGUCAAUUAUUUUGAUUAUCUUCAUUGGCAGACAGAAUUUGUGUGAAACAUGAUUUUCAAAUUAUUUUGCAAUUGCCAAGCCACUUUCAUAAUGUUUUCAGUGUGAAUUUUGGCUGAAAUUCGCUUAAGAGAAGUAAAAUGCUAAGUAAUUAAUCGAAUACACACAUGUAUUACUUGAGUAAAGUAUUCUUUGGCAAGCAAAAUGCAUUAAUAUACCUCAUUAAAUUUUGAUUACUUCAUUAUUGAAUUGAACUUCGGUCCUGUUCUUAUGGUUCAAAUAUACAAAUCAUUUCAAAAUAGUAAUCAGAUAGAUUAAAUGUUCUACAUUGAACAGAUAAAAGCUACAAUCCCAGCUAUUAUUGUAUUGUCAUAGUUAUAUAUUUUUGAAUAUGCUCCAAAUAUACAAAGUGCAUGACAAGUGUACUCAUUUGAGCUGUAUUCUUUUAAUAGCUUAAUUUACAAAUAAUGACUUGACCAAUUGGUUGAAAUUGGUUGAAGUUAUCCAUCUGCAAGACAUUUCGAGACAUAUCUCAAGUAAUCGUUAUUAUCAACUGCUCUUUUGAUAUUUCCUCCCACUCUUUGUCCAUGAAAUAUAUAUCGAAAUACACACAUAAUCCAGUCAUCUACAAUGUUGCAUUUCAAACAAUACCCAUAAAAUCCAUUUUGACCAUUUGAGAAUAUUGUGUAGAAUGCUUUGUGUUAUUUUGACAAAAUCAUUUGAUGGUAGAAAUAUUGUUCAGUUGUUCUGAGAUGCGUUUGUAGAUGCAAGUACUACUCAGCUGCUUGAAGACGUUGGGUAAUAUUUACAAAGGUCUUGUUUAAAAUCUUCCCGAACUUUGAUAUGUGUUGUAUGCAAUGUUGUUCAUAUGGAUGAAAAAGAACACCCAGAAAGAAAGAAAAAAAUGAAUUCCUAAAGACACUUUAAAGAAAUCUGCACUUGAAAAAAAAUCACUUGAUUUUGAUGCUGUGGAUUCUCAUUUCAACACAUGUAGUCUAUGGGCUCAAAGUGGGAUGGUGUUUCUGGUCAUUUUUAAAGCAUUUAGAUAAUGAUAUUCAGGUGUAAGUUUGUAGGGCUUCAUUGAUACAACAUAUCACAGACAGAGGUACAUGUAAUAAGUGAGACCUUGUCGCUCAGAUUUUGUUUCUGUCAAAUCAAUUUUAACCAAUGCCUUUUUAAGUAACGAUUCAUAGCUCACAUAUCUUGUAAUGAUCUCCACUCAAGGACGAGUCUGUCUUCUGGUGUCUAAGUCUUUCUUAUUCUCACGAGGUAGCGUCCAGUCACCUUUUGUCGCUCACUUCUGCGAAUGCAACCUUGUACAGCACUCGUAUGUAUAUAGCGUGUAACAUACACCGCACGAACAUUCACUCAACCAACAUUCCAUAGCUUACAAACGCACUCACCUGAACUUAAUCAUCGGUGCAGCAUAGAAUGGCUCAUUUUAAUUACGUCAUGUCAACGAUUCUUGCAUAAUACAGUUCUUUUCAUUCGGUUAUUUGUAUUUAUGGCACGUUACACAGAAAUAUUGAUCAUAUUGAUGAAAUUUGAAUAUGUUUGGUGUCCCGAUCUGCCAAUCAUUUUGUAUCUGAUUUGUUUGUAAUUUUACAUUGAUAACAUUAGACUAGAGAGAAUAUAUGAUUCUGUUGAUUAAAUGUCUAGCUAUAUAUUUGUCGAGGCAUCUGUAAGUGCCGUUAUUUAGAUUAUUAUUGGAAUUUGCUUAUAAUGCAUAAUGUUGGUGGAAUGAUAGAUCAUGAAGCUUGCAAGAUUUGUAUUUGUUUUUUUUAGUUAAUGAUUAUUGAAUUUCCUUUAUGCCAAGCCAUUCCAUGAUACGUUUGGAUAUUGAUGAAAAUUGAAAUGUACGUUUUACACAAUCAUAUAUUGCUAUUUUAUUUGAUAUUUCUGAUAGAUCAUGAAGAUAUUAGUUGUUGCAUUGGAGUUAUGUGUUCUAAUUAAAAGACUGAAACAUUCUGGAUUUUUGCCAAAUACCAACAGAAGUUGUCUAUGGAAUAUGAUGUAACUUACAUUCCAAAGCUACAUAUACCUAUUCAAAUCUUACAUUCUUUGACUAUCCAUAUUUUUGUAUUAAUCUAUUUCCAUCUCUCCAAAAUGGUUGAAAAUACUGUUUAAAUGUUAUUAUUUUGCAAUGCUAUUCUGCGGAAACUAUUAAAGAUUAAUUCAUUUUAUUGGCAUUCCAAAGCACCAGUUUUUAUAUUGGGAAAUUUUGUGAAAAAGUAUGUCAUUGUAAAAAAUUGUAGGCACUGAACUCUUUAUGAACUUCAUUGCUUUUUAGUAUUCCCAUCCAGUGACACAUCUUUCCUUUUUAAUUUGUUUAUUACCAUUAUGGGAUGAUAUGCUUUCACUCCAUCAGAAUUACUAUAUCUUUAGGACUAUCAACAGGCUUUAUUUAUUGGGCCCCAUCUUACAAAGAGUUUUGAUAAAUUCAAAUGAAACUCAUUUCUUUUUUCUUUCAACAGUAUUUAUUAACCAACUGUAUAUUUUCAUUUCACAUUUGCAUCAAAAUAUCAACCAUAAUCAAAUAAUACAUGCAGAAGACGAUUCAAAUGCUGUGAUCGAUUAUGAUUGCUUAAAUUUCUUAUCUCUAAAAAACAUGAUUUAAGAUUAAUUCCAGUUAAUUCCAGUUUAAGUUUGAUUUGAAUUCAUCACAACUUUUUGUAAGACAUGCCCCAGUAAAAAAUUUUUGUUGUAAUUGUGUUGCUACAACUGAUUUGUUAAAAGAUCUUGUAGAUUGCAUUUUGUUAUCUUCAAAAGUGAAAUUAAUUAUAUUAAAUAAGAUCAAUAUUGAUAUGCUGCUGAUCCAGUUUAGCUUUAUUAAAUUCAUAAAAUAUUAUAAAGAUAAAUAGCCUGUCUAGAAAAUUCAAAUAAAAAUGUUAUUUUCCCAAGAAAGUUAUAAAAUACAAUUUUCAAGAAAUGUCAACCUCUGCCCCACUCCACAAUGCACAAUCCUGUCGAAUAAUAUCCUAACUGCAGAUAACUUUGAAAAGAAAUGAUUUGUUAUUCUUAAGGCAAUACACUGGACAUUGCAAAUUUAUGUUAAAGUAUUAAUGGUAAAUUAACAAUUUUCAAGUCUUGUCUGAAAAUUAUGCAAUCUUGCAAUGAUUUGCACAUUUUAUAUUCUUAAUGUACCCUAGCAAUAUUGAUGAGCAUCUUUAUUUGAACCCCCCCCCCCCCUCCCUUUCCCUCCUUGAAAAAGCCUAUGUAGCAUAUCUCAAUAUCUUUGAUAAUAUGAAUAAUUUCUAAACAAAGAAAGCCUUUGCCAAAGAAACAACUAAUUUACAAAAUUUGAGAUACUUUAUCAGCAAUACAACUGGUAUAUGAAGUGUAUUCGUGUAAAAGGGAGUUACAAGAGGAUUUUAGGACAGUUUUAUGCCAGCUAGAAGUUGCUAUAUUAGAAGGGAAGUUGUCACUUUGGUUGUGACGAGUGAAGUUGAGUAGAAACUGAUCGUUGCCAUGAUGCGACUCUAUUUUUUUCUUUUAAAAAAUUGUUUUCUUGUAUGCUUAAUGCUUAAACUUGCGUUUUGGACAUCAGUGUUGUUCAAUCGAAGGGCGCGGGAUUUUUAAAAAUCCAGAUUUAUUUUCCCUUCAUCAUACUGUGCAAUCUAAUGAUGUAGUUGUAUAUCACAGAUUAUUCAUAUUCGAUUGAUGAAAAUUGUAAUAAUUGAUG